CAGGCGGACUUGGGUAGCGGGACACUACUCCGGGGCGCUUCUCCCUGGCUGGUCAUGAACGGACCAGCGGACGGCGAAGUGGACUACAAAAAGAAAUACAGGAAUCUGAAGCGGAAGCUCAAGUUCCUCAUUUACGAACACGAGUGCUUCCAGGAGGAGCUCAGAAAGGCGCAAAGGAAAUUGCUGAAGGUUUCCCGAGACAAGAGUUUCCUUCUAGAUCGACUUCUGCAGUAUGAGAACGUGGAUGAAGACUCUUCCGAUUCAGAUGCCACUGCAUCUUCAGAUAACAGUGAGACUGAGGGAACGCCCAAGCUGUCUGACACACCAGCCCCUAAGAGGAAGAGAAGCCCCCCAAUGGGAGGUGCCCCAUCCCCUUCUAGCCUCUCCCUGCCUCCUUCAACAGGAUUUCCCCUGCAGACUUCUGGGACCCCCUCCCCAUACCUGAGCUCGCUGGCUUCUCCCCCUUACCCCCCAUUCCCUUCUGACUACCUGGCCCUGCAGCUGCCUGAGCCCAGCCCCCUGAGGCCCAAGCUGGAGAAACGGCCCCGCCUACCCCGGAAACUCAAGAUGGCGGUGGGACCCCCUGACUGCCCUGUGGGUGGGCCUCUGGCUUUCCCUGCCAGGGGUUCUGGUGCCAGUGUUGGGGCAGCCCUGACCCCCCUGCCUCCUCCCAAGAUGCCUCCACAUACAAUCCUGAGCACCGUCCCCCAGCAGAUGUUCAGCGACGCAGGCAGCGGGGAUGACGCCCUGGACGGAGAUGACGACCUGGUGAUCGACAUUCCAGAGUAGCAGGCACCCAGUGCUAUCUGCCAGGCACCUCACACAGCGCCCCUCCUGUGCCAGCACACUUGAGCCCUCUUCCUCAAGAGAUGUUUAUUGAUGCCCAGUUGCCAUGCUUUGGCCACUGACACAAUCAGAAAAGGCGUAAACAUGCACAAAUGUCCCCGAGGAAGGUGGCAGGGUCCUGCCCUUACAUCCCAGCCCCAUCCAGGGAACAGUUAUUUAAAUGGGUGGCCAAAAGGGUCUGCUACAUCUUAGGGAGGUAGAGACCUAUGGUGACCGCCCCUUUUGAAGAGCAGCAGCUGUGCAGGGCUGGGACAAUUUAAUGAAGGCUCUGUAUUAAAGAGUUGGCUCUUUC